AAAAUUCACACCACCAUUUCCUGAUCCAACGAAGUGGCCAAGAUUGCUCAAGCCUCCAAUGAGGGCUUUACGGUCAUUUCGCGCAUAAAGUUCCCUGUGCGCUUCUCAUCCCUCGUUACUCCUCUCGCGCCCAAAAGCAGCGAGAUGGCGCUAUGUUCGACGGCACUCUCUGUUCGACCUCUUUCUUCCCCAACCCGCCCUCCGCAUUUCCCCAAAUUCCCUUACCUAUCCCUUGUCCCCUCCGCCCUAUUUCGCCACCGUCAGCGACCGGCCCAAACCCUCGCCAUGGCCCCUCUCCGCCGCCGUAGCUGCACCGCCGCUCGCGCUUCGGCGUCGCAGCAGGUAGAAGAAGGGACGGUCCCGGUGGGAGAGGAGGGCGCAGAGUGGGGCAAGGUCUCGGCCGUCCUCUUCGACAUGGACGGAGUUCUUUGCAACAGCGAAGAGCUAUCGAGGAUGGCGGCCGUCGACGUCUUCGCCGAUAUGGGUGUCUCCGUCACCACCGACGACUUCAUCCCGUUUAUGGGGACUGGCGAGGCCAAUUUUCUUGGAGGUGUUGCUUCAGUGAAGGAGGUGAAGGGUUUUAAUCCGGAGGCUGCAAAGAAGAGAUUUUUUGAAAUUUACCUUGAUAAGUAUGCAAAGCCCGACUCAGGCAUUGGAUUUCCCGGAGCUCUUGAGCUCAUCAUGGAGUGUAAAAGUCGGGGGCUUAAGGUUGCUGUUGCCUCUAGUGCUGACAGAAUUAAGGUCGAUGCAAAUCUAGCAGCUGCUGGUCUUCCUGUUUCUCUGUUUGAUGCGAUUGUUUCUGCUGAUGCAUUUGAGAAUCUAAAGCCUGCUCCAGAUAUAUUCUUAGCAGCUUCAAAGAACCUGAAUGUUCCUCAGUCCGAGUGUAUUGUGAUUGAAGAUGCUCUUGCUGGAGUUCAAGCAGCAAAAGCUGCACAAAUGAGAUGCAUUGCUGUUACCACUACAUUAUCUGAAGAGAUGCUGCAGCCAGCCAGUCCAUCCCUUAUCAGAAAGGAAAUUGGGAGCAUCUCAAUUUAUGAUGUUCUAUAUGGUGGUCAUUCUAUUGACAAGUAGUUAAAAUAAGUUAAUUCAACUUUCCUUCAUGAGAAGAUGUAGUAAGCAGCAGGCAACAUUUGAGAUUAUUACUGUUAAAUUGUUGUAAUAGUUUGCAAAUUGUAUUGAAUCUCUUUAUUUGACUGCUUUUUA